AUGGGGAUCAAAAAGUUCUUCAAAAUUAAGCCUCCCGAGGAGGAUACACCUGAAAUGAACCGUGACCAACUGAAUGAACUGGGUAUCCCCACGAAGAAUGUGAACAGAACGAAGAAGACGAAAUUUGCAGCAUACGGGCAUUUCGCAAAGGACAACGCGGAAGACAGGUUUUAUGCACCACCUGGCUAUGAAAAUAGCGCCCAAAGCAAGGCCAAUUUGGAGGAUUUGAACAAGUCAGAGUUGGACACUGAAUCAAAAAGCGACCCAUAUUUGCAGGCCCCUGAUAAGAGCAAUUUCGAUCCGUAUGCUAGAAAUAAUGUUCAGGACCGUCGUCAGGAUUCAAACCCGUAUUCAUCGACAGGUUCUUCGGGCUACGCCCCGAAUAAUCCAUACGAAAAACCACCUAGUGACCCAUAUGCCCGAACCUCUAAUUCUAGUCCUCAUGGGCAACAGCAACCCAGUUUUAAUCCUUACGGCCAGCAGCAGCCAAAUUCGAAUCCUUAUGGACAGCAACAGUCUAAUUCUAACCCGUAUGGUCAACAGAGGCCGAAUGUCAGUGCUUAUGGGCGACAGCAAUCGAGUUCAACAAAUCCCUACCAACAGCCACCGUUGAAUCAAAAUUCCUCGGCUGGGCAAGGAGGUUCCCGCAAUCCAUACAGCUCAUUAGCCGGCGAUCCAUACGGUUCAGCCAGUGGUGGCAACAGCUAUAACACAGUAUCACAGCAGUCUCAGGUGUCCAAUUCGGCUUACGGUAAUCCUCAAUCUCAAAGUAGAAGAGAUCAGAAUCCCCAACCGGACAACCGUAUAGCCAAAGCAGCCACAGAAGACUCUUUCGAUUUUGAAAACCCAUCGAAAUCUGAAGGUAAAGAUUCGGGCCCUCAAGACGACGAAAUCGACUUGAAUGCAACCAUCCAAGAAGAGGAGGAUGAUUUCAACGGGCCUAUGCAUGUAGGGUAUGGAAACGAUGUGAAUCAACGGCAACAAACGCAGCAGCAGCAGUCCAUGGUACAACAGAGCUAUCCCCAAGAUAGCUCCAGUGACCGCGGGUUCCAGACUUUCGAAGAAAUGCAAAGAGAAAACGAACAGAGACAACAGCAAGAAGAAGAUGAGGCAGUUGAUGAGAUCAAACAGCAGAUCAGGUUCACAAAGCAAAGCUCAGUGGCUUCCACUAGAAAUACACUUAAAAUGGCGCAAGAAGCGGAGAUGGCAGGAACCAACACGCUUGGAAUGCUGGGUCAUCAGAGUGAGAAAUUGAACGAUGUCGAAAGAAAUUUAGAUUUGAUGAGGAUGCAAAACAGAGUCGCGGAUGAUAAAGUUGCGGAACUGAAAAAGCUCAAUCGAAAUAUUUUGGCGGUCCAUAUGAGCAAUCCUUUCAAUUCCAAGCGUCGCCUGCGAGAGGCAGAGGAACGCAUAAGGACGCAAAGAAUCGAGGACAAACUCAUUCAAAAACAGACAAACGGACGCUUGAUGCAAUCAACGAAUCGAAUCGAAAGUGCAAUGAACGCUUCAGGACAGGAGCCACACGACAGUGUAAAACAGCGUUACCAGAACCAGGCAAUUUUAGAGAAAUCAAAGCGUUAUCAAUUUGAAAAUGACGCCGAAGAUGAUGAGAUGGAACUAGAGAUUGACAAGAAUCUCGAUAAGGUGGGACAGAUCAGUGGCCGUUUGAAGAGGCUUGCCAUCGCAAGUGGUGAAGAGAUUGAUGCGCAACAGAACCGCAUUGCUAACAUUGAAGAGGAUACUGAUAACAUGGACAUCAGGAUCCAUUUGAACACCACGCGUUUGACUCAAAUUAGGUAA